CAGCUCCAUGUAUACACACACACGCAGUUCAGAGUUCCACUUCGCUCACCACUCGAUGGCUUCGGCGGCGCGCCAGAUCGCCGCCCCUCCGGCGGCGCAGCCGCCCCUCCCCGACGAGCUCCUCGAGGACAUCUUCCUCCGCCUCGACGCCGCGGCCGACGUCGCCCGCGCCUCCGCCGCCUGCGCGACUUUCCGCAGCGUCAUCUCCGCGCACCGGUUCCGCCGCCGCUUCCGGUCCCUCCACCCGCCGCCCGUCCUAGGUUUCCUCGAGUCCGGCCGACCCGGGGCAUUCCACCCCGCCGACCCGCCCCACCGCUCCGCCCCGGCCGCGCGCGCCCUCGCGCAAGCAGCCGACCUCAGCUUCUCCUUCCUCCCUGACGCCACGCCCAUCUGCUGGAACGUCUGCGACGUCCGCGACGGCCGGGUCCUGCUCUACCGGCGCGCCAGCGACACGGACGCCUUCGCGGACCUCGUGGUCUGCGACCCUUUGCACCGCCGGUACACCCUACUCCCUCCCAUCCCCGACGACCUAGCGGCCGCUACGGGGGGUCUGGGCUUUGAGAAAUCCGAUCCCUUCCUCGAUCCAGCCACUGACAGGGAGGAGGAGCAGGAUUUGUCGUUCCGGGUGAUUUGCGCUGUGCAGUGCCGGGACAAGCUCGUGACCUUCCACUUCUCUUCAGUCACGGGGAAAUGGCGUGGCAUCACGUUUAAUCGAUCGACGCCUUUGAACCCUUCCAUGGUUAGAUAUCGUGUAUUGUUCGAGCGCAACUAUGCGCACAGAUGCUUCUACUGGACGUUCUGCGGUACGAGAAGUUUGUUCAUGCUUGACACGCCUGAGAUGAAAUUCUCCGUCGAUGACCAAGCGCAUGGCAGAUAUGGUCCUCAGAAACAGGCCAUUGUGGAGGUAGGGGAAGGCAGGCUUGGUAUUGUCAUUGUUGGUGAUGGUAUCUUAGACCUCUAUUCUAAGAUGUUGGGAAACAAAAACAAUGGUGUUGGCACGGAGUGGCAGCAUGACAGGAUAAUCCCCUUGCCUCAGAUGGACUGUCGCUGGAGCAUCCUGGGCGCAGCUGAGGGCCACUUACUCCUACAAGCGUCUCCACAGAUAUCUUCCCGCAUCCAGUCUGCCACUCUAGAAUCACAUUAUUUUACUCUGGAUCUUAAGACAUUGCUGGUUGAGAGGUUGUGCAGGUCUAAUCAGUACAUUGGGGGUGCUCACCUGUAUGCAAGUUUCCCACCAUCGUUGUCACUUCCAAGUAUAUGAAUUGGUGCGUGCUUGGCUUGCUCGGCCGCUCGUCAUUUUGGUCAAAACCUGCCAAGGUAAUAUUGCAAUUUCAGUCGGCAACAUCUGUACGCUGAUGGCCCAAAGAACAUGGUGCAUGGCAUCGGCUGCUAACUUCAGUGAUGGCAUCUAGCUGUAGUCUGAUCGGCUGUUUAGUUUCUGCAGUCCUUUUCACCCCUUGUGCUUGUGCCCUUCUGUUGUAAUCUGGAGCUAUUUGGUAAGCUUUUGUGGUAGUCGGGACUCACAGGAGGCUUCUAACUGAGUUUGUGUGCUCUUAAAUUUGCUGUCAUGAAUCGUGCUUCUUUUGUAAUCUGGAGCUAUUUGGUAUGCAUUUGUGGUAGUCGGGACUCAGCAGGCUUCUCACUGAAUAUGUGUGGUUGCCAACAAUGGGGUUUCUGAGCGCGAAAGCUUCAGGCGGCUCAGCCCAUGUUGCGUGGAAUCCCUCUCUCAUAUUCUAGACCGUUGAUAGCUGUGGCCCGGCCCGUUCAAUGUCCAGCAGCCCAUCCAGCCCAGCAGAAUUCGCGAGAGAGUGUGGGGAGUGGUGUUUCUUCCGCUCCGCUCGCCUUCGCCGUCGGUGACUCGAACCCUAGCCUCCCCGUCGCCGCGUGAUGCCCUCGCCGGCGGCGCCUCCGGACGCCGGCGUAUCGGCGUCGCAGCCGGUCUUUCCCGACGAGAUCCUGGGGGAGAUAUUCCUCCGCCUCGGCUCCGCGGCCGACCUGGCCCGCGCCUCCGCCGCCUGCACCGCCUUCCUCCGCGUCGCCCGCUUCCUCCGCCGCAACCGGCUCCUCUACCGCUCGCCCGUCGUUGGAUUCCUCCCGUAUGAAGGUCCCAUCUCCAUGCACCCUCGGUCGCUCCACCACGCCGAGCCGCCGCCUCGGCCGCCAUCUCCCUCGCGCAGCUCGUCGACCUCACCUUCUCCUUCCUCCCCGACCCCAACUCCUGGCAGAUCCGCGAUGCUAGCGACGGGCGCCUUCUCCUGGCCUCGCGCAGCACCGCACCACCGCACCACCGCUGGCGUCGCGGACCUCAUGCACAUUCGCCUUCCUCGCUCCAGCCGGCAAGGAGGAAUCGUUAUUUCGAGUGGCCUGGUGGUGAAGCAGGAGGCCAAGGUGGCCGCCGUUGUUUUCUCCUCAGCCACUGGGAAAUGGUAUCGAGUCACAUUCGAAGGUUGGGGUGGAUAUGGUUCUGACAUGCUCACAUCCUGCCGCUACUACACGCACAGAAGCCUCUACCAGACAUCUGGGUUGUUCAGCGACGUGCUCAUGCUCGACACACGCCGGAUGGAAUUCUCUGUGGUACGCAUCCCCUCUGUCAAAGUUUGCCGACAGCAUGCCAUUGUGGAGGCAGGGGAAGGGACGCUUCGUCUGUUAACUCUUGGUGAUGGCGUGUUAGACCUCUACUGUAAGGCUUGGCAAGAUGGCCAUGCUGGUGCAGAAGAGUGGCGGCACGAAAAGAGAAUCCCCUUGCCUGGUGGUGACGGGCUCAGGUAUACCUUCAGUGGUGCAGGCAGCGGAUACUUACUCCUGCAAGCUAUUCCGCAAGACCUGUCCGAGCUUGCCAGCUCUUCUCAGGAGAUGCCAAAAGUACAAUAUUUCACACUGGAGGUCAAAACAUUGCUGAUGGAGAGGUUGUGUCUGUCCAAUAAACGCAUUAAUUUUGCUCACCUGUAUGCAAACUUCCCGUUGCUGUCACUGCCAAUUGUAUGAAAUGCAGAAUGAUUAACGAUUCAUUAGAGAUAUGGCUACAUUUUAUAUUGUUAUGUGCUGCGUGCUGUCUGGAAAGCUAGCAAAAUAAAGGAGCGAGGUUACAAUUAUUGUUAUAUUGCGCUAAAUUUAGUUUCCCUUAUUCUAAAGAACAAAUUUUCACUAGUAAUUUCAGGGUUUAACAAUGUAAGCAUAUCUCGAUUGUUAUCUGUGGAACAAUUUUGUGUCCUCUCAGUUUCACUUUUGAACCAAAUUAGAGUGGAUGAGACAUUACAUUAGAGCAUCUGACAUACCUCUCAUAUCAUAUGUUAUUCUGUUUACACAGACCCAUGGAGAGUUUAUUUGCAUAUAGAGUCAUAUUGCUUUGGUGUCUAUAUGUAUAUGUUCUUUUCUUGCUCUGGUGCCAGCACAACCUUAUCGGUCAAUUUGACGUCUGUUGCAUACUUCUGAACCACUGGAAAUAUUUCCUGAACUAUCAUGUUUGAUACAUGCAUGAGUCCUUUGCAACUACAACUCUUUGUUUGUAUCACGUUUUUAGUGUAUGCGUGUAGGAUGUAGCUACGAUUUGUGGAGUACAAAGAGUCUAGAGGGGACAAAUUUGUCUCGUGUUUGUUGGAAUGAAUGCAUUGAGUUAGUAGCAAUCGGCAAGCCACAUGACACAGGAUGCGACUCCAUCUGGGAACAAUUUAAUGCGAUACUUUGAUAAGAGUUUGCCUAUUGAUGAUUCUAACUAUGUGAUCUUUUGUAUGUCUUCUCUCUGGACACAUUGACCAGAACUCUGAAGGGAACAGAGCACAACGGUUGGCUUUCUCUUGGAUGGGCUUAUCAGGCCGGAAAUUGCUGCUACUGGCAAUGAUGCCACCUAAUCCGUAUUUUUAUCAGCUCUUAUGUGUAUGUUUGGUUCCGCAGUUGUGUUCCCCUUCCUUCCUCCCCUUUGCCCACAUGCUGUGAUCCAGAGCUAUCUGUUCCGGACUCUGGAUCUGGGGCCAUCAGAUCCUCACCAAUGUAUGCUCUCUGUUUGUAGUUUGUACUGAGGCUAGCCCAACGGAAUCCUGGAACACUAGCAUUGAAAAGGAUGUGAGGUUUUGCCUGUC